UAGGGAGAGAGCGUGAAUGCAGAGACAUCGCGGGUGUCCUCAUUUUUACAAUUGCGCGAUGGCGGUCUUUUUGGCUCUGCAAUGUUAUCAAUGUAACACAAUGCAGGCAAAGCAGCAGAAGAAGAACAAUAAAUGGUCAUGCGUCAUCUGCAACGAAAAACAAUCUGUUAAGAGGAUAUUUGCUCGAUCCUCUGUUGCCAAAGACAUUCGCAAGUUUGUUCAGGAUUUCAACAUGUCCAUCCACCUGCACCGCACACAAGCUAUGGCUCACUCACUCAUGAAUUGCCCUCAAGAAGAGGAAGAAAAUAAAAUAGAAGAAACAUCAAUUGCUUCUGGGAAUAAAUGGUCAGACUACUUAGAAGGUGAAGAUCAAAACACAAUAGCCUCAGACAAUGAUAAUGAUGAUGAUGAUGUGCCAAUCGUUACGGCUCUUCCUGACCCUAUCUUUGGAAAACGCAAACGCCAAGUUACGCCUGUCAUCAAAACGUCUAGUCUCAGUACUUCUUCUGACCACAACAUGCCGUCUGUUUACGACCAGUGUGACAAUUAUGGCUCUGCUGUGGCAAAUAAAAAAGGGGCCCAGAGCUCAAGUCUACCAAAUAGGGACCAAAUUUCAAGUAUAAUUGGGCGCCUGAACAGGUCAGGCAGCACUACACAGAAGCAAGGAGGGAGUAGCCAUGGAACACAGGAUCGUGGGAAGCAAGUGUCCAAAUGGUCAUCUUAUAUGAACGGAGAAGCAGAGACUCAGUGUGAUUCAAUGUUCUCCAGAUUUGGGUAUAGUGAGAAUGAUGACUCCAGUUUUCAGGGCAUUUUACAGACAGAGUUGCUUGACCAAGUCGUUGAUGAAGAUGUGCAUCCAGACUUUUUAUAAUCUCCUUUAGAUUAGAACCCUGCAUUCGUUGCUCUUCCUGCACACGGGUCGUGGGGUUUUGAAAUCUGGGCAAAAGUGUACGAAGUUGCCAUAAGCUCCACUGGACACUUUUUGACCAAAUUUUCAAGAUUAUUGGAGUUAACUGUUAAACAAAAAAAUAUGGUAAUGAUUAGUUUUUCAAGUUGAAUGCAAUGGUGCAGUUAUACAAAAAAAAAUGGACAUAUCUUUAAGUGCCAAAUACAUUGCAUCAGUGCAUUUGCUCUAGUGAAAAUAAAAAGAGAGAAAUUAAAGAAGUAUUUUUUUGUGCAAAAAGUGCAUCAACUGGCCAUUUUGUAAAACAUUCCAAAAUGCUACCAUGUAUUUUGUCGCCAAAAGGUGUGCUACAUGUGCCUUUACCUUUUGGCCCUUUAAAAAUCAAAACAAAAACAAACGCUUGCACCAUCAUGCCAAGAAGGGGUAAGAAUGGUUUCAAAAGCACAUCUUUCUCCUCUUUCAACCUUCCAAAGCUUUGAAUCUCAAAGUUUUUUUUGAGGCAAGUUCAUUUCCUCCAACAACCAAAGAAUUUCAUUGUAAUGUAAAUAUAGGCAGAUUUGUUGUUGGUUCCAAAUUGGUACACAGGACAAGAUGCACGUGCUAGGCUAUUUGUGCAAGGUAGAACUUGAGGAGGUUUGUUCUUCUUUUU